AUGAAAAAACUUUCUAUUGUUAUUGCAGGCAAAACUAUGACUUUAGAACUUGAUAGUUUAGACAUUACGGUUGAAGAGUUAAAAAAGAAAAUCGAAAAUUUGGUACCUGAUAAUAAGAAAUAUACUAGUGACAAGCAACUUUUGUUACUGAAGAAGAAGAAGUUAGAAGAUGGUAGCAAGCUUAGUGAUUUUAUCAAUGAGGAAGAAGAGAAUGUUAAAGUAUUUGUUUUAGAAAAGAGAUCUAGUUCUAAUGCUAAAGAACAAUCUACUAAUCCUUAUGCUAAUAAUCAACCUUCUUCUAAUUCACAACAGCCUAAUCCAUAUGCAGCCCCUCAGCAAAACCAUCAGUAUCCACCUCAUAUGGGCUAUCCUCAAUAUCAUCCACAGCAAAUGGGUUAUCCUCAAUAUCCACCGCAAAUGGGAUACCCCCCUCAAAUGGGUUAUCCUCAACAGAAUCCACAACACAUGGGAUUCCCUUUUAUGCCGAUGAAUCAAAUGAAACCUUCUAAAGAAAUUAUAGAGAUGUUUUUAAAUAAUCCUGCUCUACUUGAUCAAAUUACAGAGAGUCAGGUUCAAGGAUUUCCGCCUGAAAAAAAAGAAGCUUACAAAGAACAGAUCAGCAAUGUAAUGAAAGCUAUGCAACAUGAUCCAUCGCUUCUUGAUAGUAUAUUACAGCUCUCUGGACUAAACAGUCCUUCUUUUGGAAGUCCACAAAUGAAUCAAUAUGGUGGAUAUCCUCAAUAUCCCCAAUAUCCACCAAUGUAUAACAAUGGGUAUCCUCAAUAUCCUCCUCAGCAGCCACAAAGCCCUGUACUUACAACUGAACAGUAUAAAAAAAAAUAUUCGCAACAAUUAACAUUUUUAAAUGAUAUGGGAUUUACUAAUGAAGAAGAUAAUUUGAAAGCGUUGAUUAAAGCGCAUGGAAAUCUUAAUUAUGCAUUGGAUUUGCUACAAAAGGAUGAUAAAUUUCUUUAA